AUGGAUGCUCUACGUCUGGACGGCUUGAACAAAGACGCAAAGGAGAUGUGUGGAGACCUGGACGUCCAGCAGCAGCACUCUGGCUUGAUGGGGAGGGGGGAGCGAGGACGUGAGUACGCACCAAGCCUGGCACUCAUGGACAGCAGUGACCCACGCGCCUGGCUCGCUCCCGUGCAGCCUGGCACCUGCGCGCCACACGCCGACUACCUGCUGCACUCCCCGGGCUCCAGCGUGGAAGGCGUGGCUCUGUCUCCACCAGCCGGUGCUCACCUCUCCAACUUCAGGAAGAGCUCCAAGAGUCCCGCCGUCAAAGUGCGCGAGCUGUGUCGGCUCAAGGGCAGCACCCUGUCAGUAGCUGACGACGGGAGGCAGAGGGCUCCGUCCAGCAAGCCCGCAAAUGGUGUGCAGAAACAGAGGCGCGUGGCAGCCAACGCACGGGAACGGCGGAGGAUGCACGGGCUGAACCACGCCUUUGACGAGCUACGGAGCGUCAUACCGGCUUUCGACAACGACAAGAAGUUGUCCAAGUACGAGACCCUGCAGAUGGCCCAGAUCUACAUCAACGCGCUCUCUGACCUGCUGGAGGGUCCCGGUGCUAAAUCAGACUCGCCAAACUGCAACCUGACUGCCACGGUUUUCGAGGGGGAAAGCAGUCCCAGUGACUCGGCGGCAAACAGGGUAUUCUCCGGCCAGUUAUCCGGAAUGCCAUUCUCCUACGAGGAUGCGUCCUUCGCCUCUUUCAUCGAACAGAAUUUGCAGUCACCUUCGGGGACCCUGAAGUCCGAUUCUUCUGACAGCAACAGCAAAGACUCUCCCAGGUCGAACCGAAGCGAUGGAGAGUUUUCUCCCCAUUCCCACUUCAGCGACUCGGACGAAGCUCACAUGGAGAUCCAGAGCGAAGAUGAACUGUCAGAACUGAAACUGCCCAGCCACCAUACAUUCUAA